UUGGUAGUUUGAAAAUUUUACAACUCAUAUGUGUAAUUUUUAUCGUAGAAGUAGAAGAAAUGUUUUGCAAUUUUACAUCAAACAAAUUGUAACUAGUUGUUAACCGAACUAGUGGGAAGUUAGUUGCGCGUUACCGUAAUCUCGAAACAUAUUACUCCAUUAGUUAUGAAAUUUAGAAAGUAAGCCAAAACUUGGCCACAGUCUAUUCGCGCUAUUCCUUACAACCGUUCGUUUAUCUAUACCUAAUAUUUUAAACGUAAUAAAAAAUGGUUUAAUCCUUCAACCUAGUUCGCGCCACACACGUCGAGUAGUAAAUCAUGCCGCAAGAAAACCUACCCCAGACGAAAACCAAACCGAAGGGUUCGUCUAAAUUCCAGAUAAGUGACAUGGAUUUCACGCAGUUCCUGCAAAACAACUAUCAAACCGAUCUAGACGUCGAAACCUCGCUACCUCCUGCCUAUAAAGCCAGACUACAAGAGCUAUUCUUCCAGAUAGAGAAAGAAUUCGAGAACUUGUACCUGGAAAAUGUAACCUUACAAGAGAAAAUCGAAAGACUACACGAGCGAUUCGAGAAAGAAGGUUUAGUCAACGAGAAACUCGCUAGUGAAAAUACAGACGUCGAAUCGGUCACGAAUUCGGUCCGGUCGUCGACCAAACAAAAGCUUAGUUCGCAGCAGAAGUUAAAAGCUACCCAUAAGUUGAAAGCUCAAACGAGUAAGAUUGUUUCUAGUUUCAAAACACCAACGUUGAAUUGUUCCAUGGUUAGAGAAUUCAACGGUCAUAAAGACGGUAUCUGGGAUGUCGGCGUUGCUCAAAAUGGACAACCUUUGAUAGGAACAGCAUCAGCUGAUUACACAGCUCGUAUAUGGAAUACAGAAAGUAGCGAAUGUCUGCUGCAAUACGCUGGACAUACCGGAUCUGUGAAUUCUCUACGGUUUCAUCCUACCAAAGACCUGAUUCUUACUGCCAGCGGUGACCAAACCGUUCAUAUUUGGCAAGCUGUUGUCAACUGGGAACAUAUAAAAUCCGCCUCAUCGGACGAAGAACCUGUAGACUUGAAAGAAACCGAUGACUUGGGUCUAGAUGGAGUCUCGUCGAUACUAAGAACUCCGGUACGAUCUCUUCUCGGUCAUUCGAACGUCGUAAUGGCAGCAGAUUGGCUACCCGGUGGCGAUCAAGUAAUUACAGCGUCGUGGGACCGUACAGCGUUACUUUACGAUGUCGAAACAGGCGACUUGUUGCAAUCGCUUUCCGGUCAUGAUCAAGAACUGAUGCACGCAUCUGCUCAUCAUUCUCAAAAAUUAGUCGUUACUUCGUCUCGUGAUACCACCUUUAGACUUUGGGAUUUCCGCGAACCUAUCCAUUCGGUUUCCGUAUUCCAAGGCCAUACACAAACUGUAACCUGUACAGUGUUCGCGAAAAAGUGCGACGACAAGGUUGUCUCUGGAUCUGACGAUAGAACGGUCAAGAUAUGGGAUUUGAGGAAUAUGAGAUCGUCUUUGGCUACGAUUAGAUUAGACUCUGGGAUUAAUCGAUUGGCUAUUUCUCCGAGUGGACUUAUCGCUAUACCGCAUGAUAAUAGACAGAUCAGAUUGUACGAUUUGCUCGGCCAAAGGAUCGCCAGAUUGCCUAGAACUAGUCGCCAGGGACAUAGAAGAAUGGUUUGCGGUGUCGCUUGGAACGAAGAUAACGCUUCGUGUAAUUUCUUCAGCUGCGGUUUCGAUCGAAGAAUAUUAGGAUGGUUGAUCCAAUCGAAUAAAGACUGAAAAACCGUCCUCAUCGUACUACCUUUUUACGCCUCAGCUGUUGUGGCCGUCGUCGUCGUCGUAAUGAAGAUGAGAUGUCUGCAUAUUUCAAAUUUAAUGUGUAUCUCGAGCCUUUUCGUUGGUAUUUUUAGGGGUUGUGGUACAUAUGUAAGUUCAAGGGCACUUGUAAACUUACCAGAGUCAUCGUAUUAGUUAAAUGAGUUACCUAUAUGUAUAUUUGAAAUGUUUAUUUUACGAAUCAGCCAUUUCAACGUAGGUAUGGUGGCGUUUUGGCCUACUACGAGUUCGUCUAACUAGUCUGUCGUUGUAUUAUGUUUUUUUUUACGAGUAUUUAUGCUUAUUUGGGAAGAAAAAUCGUACCUAAUGCGUUGUAUUAAUUAAUUAUAAAUGAUUAUAUAGCUUACGUAUGCAAAAAGAAAUGGGUGAUAGCCUGUCUUAAAAUUGAUUACCUCUACCUAUCUGUAAACCUAAUAUACCUAUAGAGCUAGAACUACCACUUUUGUGAAAUUAUUAUUACUAUAUUAUUUAGGUUUUUGAUAUCUAUAAAUUGAGUUUAAUCUCCAUUUUGCGACUAAAAAAAAUUUUUAAUGAAAUGACGCAUUCCAUUUCCUGUUGCUGUCGUCGUCAUCGUCGUGUUUAUAUAUAUUUUAUACGUAGCGAAUAAGGUAUAAAAAUUUACCUACGAGUAUAUUAACUAUUAAGUAAGUAAGUUGAUUGUUUUUAUUUUUAUUUCGUGUACCUACCUUUCUUCUGAUUUACCUCUAUUUAUGUCUAUGAUGUCUAUAUGUCUGUCUCUCUUUUUACAUUUUCAAGUACCUGCGACAAGAAAAAAAAUAUUAUAUUGAAAUGUAUUCGCUCGUAUGUUUGUAUGUGUGUGUGAUAGUAUUUAGUUGUGCGUGUUUUAUUCUUGCAAAGAAGGUUGUAUCGACGAUUUUUUUGUUUUCAAAAAAAGCCAUUUUUUAUAUGUUUAAGGUUUAUUUAUUUAUUUAUUUAUAUGUACUAAACGGUAUCCGAACAGUUACCAAACCUAUGUUGUCACUUAUUUUUUACGAUCUUUUUUUCUUUUUUUUUUUCGUUUAUUUGAAAAUAAAUUGUGAAGAACGAA